UUUGUACUGCAUCAACCUUCAAACUAGAUUGGGAAAAUGUCCAUCUCGGCAUCUCCACUCUGGAGUAGUAAGGCUGCCUUUCAUUCUUCUUUCCUCCCUCUCCUCUCCUCUCAGCUCCAAAUUUCACCACCGCCCGUGCAUUGCAUAUGAUGAAAGCUUCCUCGUCUUCUUCGCCCUUUCAUUCUUCCUUCUCCUUCUCUUGAAUCCCUGCCACCCACUUGCUGCUGUUUAGUGAAGAAGAGUCUUCAAAGAGAGGAUUUUGGUUUAAAGAUUGAUUUGUUAUGGCUGUCUUCCUGUGCAAUUGCUCAUAAAUUGGGUACGGGUAAAUUUUUUUUUUGCUUUUUAAUGUUUGUUUUUUUAUACCCUAAAAGUCUCUGAAAAUCAUGGUGAAAGCCUGCGGACUGGUCGCUGAAUGGAAGCUGAAGUUCUGUUGACUAGUCGGCCGGAUCGACUCGGACUCAGCCGCGUCCUUGAAACGUGGAUAGAAAGGAGGAGUUAAUCUGUUCUACAUUACAGUAUAUAAUAACUUAGUCUUUUACAUGGAAUAUGCUACAAUCUCAAAAUUGUAUAAGAGAAUCGAUUCAAAGUGUCUUUGUUUCAGUUCAAAGCAUUACUAACUAACUUUGAGUUAUGGUGCUUUAUAUGGAAAACAACAGGCACUGGGACUUCAGCGUGGUUUACCAACAAAAAUCAGUGGCCACAAGCGCCUCUAGAUUUUAAACUGACAACUUUACUCCAUGAUCGAGGUUAUCAGCAAGGCUCCAACCUCGAUUCAUUUAGCAUUUACUCCCGAUGUCAGUUUUGAUUGCAAACUGAGGAACAUAACUUGUGGUCUCAAAUCCUGUCUGCAAAAGAGAUGUGUUGCCUUGUGUUCCAUCAGUGAUAAACCAAAAUGGAGUUCCAAUGGUCAUAUGCCAAAUGAUGGUCAUAGCAAAUAUAGAAACCAUCAUAAAAAUUAUAGUUCAGAGGAAGAGGAGGAGGAGGAGAGAAAAGUCCAUUGUGAAGUUCAAGUGAUAUCAUGGCGAGAACGUAGAAUUAAGGCUGAGGUAGUAGUUAAUGCAGAUGUGGCUUCUGUUUGGGAUGCCCUGACCGACUAUGAACGGCUUGCUGAUUUCGUUCCCAAUCUUGCAAAUGACCAUGAACUCCAGUUUUCCAUGGUUGAUGGUGAUUUCAAGAAGUUUGAAGGAAAAUGGUCUGUCAAAUCUGGUAAAAGGUUCUCAAAAACUACUUUGAGUUAUGAGCUAAAUGUCAUACCAACAUUCAACUUCCCUGCAAUUUUCUUGGAGAGAAUAAUCAGCUCAGAUCUUCCUGUAAAUCUUCAAGCCAUGGCUUGCAGAGCUGAAAGUACUUUCAAGAACAGCCAGAAUUCAUUGACUGAUGAAGCUCCUCCAGUUACAACAUUAGCAGACUCCUUUACUUCCACAAGUUCAGAUGUCAGUGGUGUUGCAUCAGACAAGAAUGAUUUUCCCACUGGAGAAUUAAAAGAAAAAUUACUCAAGGCUACCUUGAGCCCCUUAUCUCCCGCAAAAAGUGAGUUAAGCAGUAAUUGGGGAGUAUUUGGGAAAGUAUGCAAGCUUGAUAAGCCAUGUAUGGUAGAUGAAGUUCAUCUUCGAAGAUUUGACGGCCUUUUGGAAAAUGGAGGUGUUCACCGUUGUGUUAUUGCUAGCAUAACCGUAAAAGCUCCAGUGCCUGAAGUUUGGAAUAUUUUGACUGAGUAUGAGAGACUUCCUGAGAUAGUUCCAAACUUAGCCAUCAGCAAGAUUCUGUCACGCGAGAACAAUAAAGUUCGCAUUCUUCAGGAGGGAUGCAAGGGUUUGCUAUACAUGGUACUUCAUGCACGUGUUAUACUUGACUUGUGUGAAGUACUUGAACAAGAGAUUAGCUUUAAGCAGGUUGAAGGCGAUUUUGAUUCAUUCAGGGGGAAAUGGAGUCUAGAGCAAUUAGGGAAUCAUCACACACUGUUGAAAUACACUGUGGAGUCAAAAAUGCGCAAGAAUUCAUUUCUUUCUGAAGCUAUCAUGGAAGAGGUGAUAUAUGAAGAUCUCCCUUCAAAUUUAUGUGCAAUUCGAGAUUAUAUUGAGACAAAGGUUGCUGAAAACACUUCCAAGGCAUUUGACUAUUCAGCUUACACAAAUGAGCUUUUUGCUUCAUCUUCCAACGAGAAUUCUGCCAGUUAUGAUGAGCCGGCUAAUCAAAAUUUGAGUUCCACUGCUUCAGAUUCAUCUAGACAGAGACCUAAAGUUCCAGGAUUGCAGAGAGACAUUGAAGUUCUCAAAUCUGAACUCUUCACUUUUAUAGCUGAACAUGGACAAGAAGGCUUUAUGCCCAUGAGAAAGCAACUUCGGAGGCAUGGAAGGGUGGACAUUGAGAAGGCAAUCACGCGCAUGGGAGGAUUCAGAAGAAUAGCUGCCUUGAUGAAUCUCUCUCUUGCAUACAAACACCGCAAGCCAAAAGGUUAUUGGGACAACCUUGAGAAUUUGCAAGAAGAGAUAAGUUGGUUCCAAAAGAGUUGGAGAAUGGACCCAUCAUUCAUGCCCAGCAGAAAAGCUUUUGAGCAAGCAGGUCGCUUUGAUAUUGCACGUGCAUUGGAGAAAUGGGGAGGUCUUCAUGAAGUUUCACGUCUUCUUUCACUUAAGGUGAGGCAUCCUAACAGGCAGGCAAGCUUAGCAAAAGAAAGAAAAAUGGAAGUUUUGGCGCCUAACGAAGACCAGGCACCAUCUAAGCCUUAUGUCUCGCAAAACACUCAGAAGUGGCUGACAAAAGUGAAGGAAUUUGACAUAAAUUGGGUGGAAUGAUGCCUGUAUCUGUUGUUCUCGAUAAUUAUGUAUUUGCUGUAAAUUAAUCAAAAAUUUCGGUAUUAAGGAAGAGUAAGAUUAUGUAUAGACCAUGUUCCAAUUAUAAUCAGAAUAUUAUUUUGCA